UUUACUGAAACUACAAAGGCAAAUACAUCUACAUAACUGCAAAAAGAAAACUGCAAAGCGGUUUUAAUAGUUUUAGCUUGAACAACUUUGAAGCGCGCGGAGGAGAUAAGUGGUUUGCUCGCCUCCGUUGAGAAAGCCAGACAAAUGACUGGAUUACGCGUGAAUGCCUCUCGCCUCAAGGUAAAGGGUGAUCAAGUCAUUCUUUCGCCUUUGUUGGCGAUGCCUUAAGUUACUGUCACGGAGUUUGAUAAUUUUCGCUGGUCAAUUGCCAGAUGAAAAGGUUUUCUUUCAGUAUUGGACUGACAGGUACCUGUAAUAGCGAUCGGUGAUUCGUCCGCCAGUGUUUAUCUACACUAAACAAUCACCGGAACAACUUACUGACCAACAAUAGUAAAUUGAUCAUUAUCAAUUCCUUCCUCUCGCCAGAUCAUAUAGAUUCGAGCUGCAUCAGUAAAUUGGGAAGUUAAAGCUGACAAGCCCAGGUAUUUUAUGGUCAGAAAGGUAUGGAACUUCCCAAACCACACGAAUGCAGACGCAUGGAGAGAAACGCUUUCAGAGAUUAACUUUCUGCCUGUCUUUAUCACAGAGUCGGACAGUGGCAAAGAAGCUACACUUUUACAAUUUUUGGACAAUUCAACGACGAAUCUUCAAAUAUCUGCAGGGAGGAACUUAAAAAGCCCAAAAGAUAAGUAUCAAAAACCAAGACUGUCAAAGGGAACUUAAAGUUUGCUGCAUACAAAACUGAAGAAUCGUUAGUAUUUAUGCCGUAAGGCUUUUCUCUUGUUGUUUCUACGAGUUGGAACAAGAUUCUACCUUUUGUGUUGAGCUUUUAUUCCAGAUUUGACAUAAUAAGUAACUGAAGCAUUUUACGAGUUGUCGGAAUACUACGAACGCGUGUUUGGUUGGCUUGCCUUGGGCAUUCACAACUUUAAAGCAAACAAAAACGCCACUCACUCCACCAUACCAAACGCUCAGUUCGGAAUCUUUGCAAGCCUUCGUUAAUUUCCGCUCCACCGACGAUUCGCGAUGAAUUUCUCCGAGUCGAAUGUUUCGGCAACAUCAGAUAUGACGUCCCUAAGUUCAGGCUUGAAGUACAUCAGUGCGUCAGUAUAUGUUGUCAUAAUUAUCAUGGCACUAAUUGGAAAUCUUUUAGCCUGCUUCGCAUUUAUUGUAAGUGGAAUCGUUCGCAUGCCACCCACCAACCACUUUAUCUUUUCAUUGGCUCUUAGCGACUUGCUAACCGCUUGCUUCUCGAUGCCUUUCGACCUGGAGCAACUUUUAACCAAUCAAACUUGGACCCACGGCGAAGCGCUCUGUCAGGUGUGGACAUCAACGUAUCUCAUCACCGUGCCCACAUCUAUUUGGAGCCUGUUGGCCGUCAGCGUUGACCGUUAUAAGAGCCUCAAGGAUCCACUAAAUCGGUUUCGUCAAACUCCGUUUAUGACCCGUAGGCGAGCAGCCCUGGUAAUUUUUUCUCUGUGGAUCUAUUCGGGGUUAUUUGCUCUUAUGCCUGUCAUGGGUUGGAAGCGGUUGCCUCGCAGCGUGGAGAACAAUCGUUGCCAGUUCAACAUAACUGCAGAGUACUCUUUGCUAAGCUCGACCGUGAACUUCGUCUUGCCCACGUUGUUCAUGUGUGUACUCUAUUGGAGAAUCUACAAAAUUGCUAGCGGUAUGACCAAAGGGGAAGCCUUGAAUCCCGAGGAAAAUUCUAAUUCAUCCAGCGUGGGACGAAAUUCCGUCAGGAGCCUUAAAAAGAGAAUCAAAACAACCAAGAACAUCUUGUUUGUAGCGUGCGCUUUCUUUUUCUGUUGGAUGCCGCACACCAUCUUCAGCAUGGUUACCACGGUCAUGUACAUGACUGAGUGCAUGUCGUGUUUAUACGCCACCCCCGGAGAGCUUAACAUUAUAUUCCUGAUGUUAGGAUACUUAAGCUCGGCUUUGAACCCGUAUUUGUAUGCGCUGAGGAACAAGAAGUUUAGAAACGCCUUUUCGAGUGUUGUUCCCUGCUUAAGGCGCAAGUUUGUCCAGCGGUAUCCUUCUUCUCGUACAUCCGGGAAUCGACAAUCCAGUAGCUUGCUGCGUAAUCAAAGUAGACAGAGCACAUCCACACGAACUACAACGUUACACGAACGUAACAACAGAAUGAGGACCGUGAACAACAACGCCUCAGAAGAUGAUGGCUCUAACAUAACACGAGCAAAUAAUGGAUUUCAGGGAUUUUUGUUCUUUUCUCCGGCGUUUAACGUCUUCAUACUAACUUCCCUCAUUGCGAUCAUCGUGGCUGCCAUCAUAGGCAAUACCCUGGUUUGUGUUGCAACGAGCCUGAGCCCAAAUCUACGCAAGGCCACUACAAGUCUUUUUAUUCUUUCGUUGGCGGUUUCUGACCUAGUGACGGCGAUUUUAGCGAUUCCAUUCGAUGUGUAUGUCAUUUUGGCAAACGGACUGUGGUUCCAUGGCGAAGCUGCGUGUACCAUUUGGACCACAGCAUACCUUCUUACAAUUCCUACUUCUAAUCUAACCCUGUUGGUUUUGAGCAUCGACCGCUAUAUGAUAUUGAGCGAGCCUCUAAAUCAGUUUCGCGGCAGACAGGCUAUGACUAGACGCCGUAUACUCUGUUACAUAGGGGCCCUGUGGCUCUACACGUUGGUGUGUGCCCUGCUGCCUCACACGGGGUGGAAGAUGUGGCAACUUAGACCAAAAAACGUCAUCGGCGGCAUAUGCAUCUUCAACGGUUCACGUCUUUACAACAUCUUGGUUUCCGUAUUGCACUUCAUCGUUCCUGCUUUGUCCAUGUGUGUGAUUUAUCUGAUGAUUUAUAACCAAAUCCGUCGGCAUUCCCGGGCUGUACGACCUAUAGAUUCACCAGUGAGCCAGGGUACACAAGCAAGCCUGCUGCUGCAGCGGAACAUCAGAGCAGCCAAACGGAUUGCGGUGAUCGUCAGCGUGUUUCUGCUGUGUUGGGUGCCGUUCAGCAUCCUCAGCGUCAUCGGCAAUCUGUGCAAUAAGUGUUUGAUUAAGAUACCCGACGAAGUAUUCUAUGUCACUCUCAUGACGGGAUACCUUAACACUGCCCUCAAUCCAAUUCUUUACUCCUUUAACAACAGAAACUUUAUGGAUUCUUAUAAAAGGUUGUAUCGUGCAAUUAGGAGGGCAUGUGGAAGGAUUGGUAGUCUGAAGUGAGAUGUGGCUUUCUCGUUUUAGAGUGUCGUUUCUCCAGUUUUCUCUACAUUGUAGAACAAUACUUCCACGCUAUUACAGAGAUUUCUUAUUUGAAAUAAUCGCGUGUUAGAUGUACAUAUUCGGCAGAGUCUCUGGUUGGCGAUGAAGCAUAUAUCCCUACAGAAUAACAUCGGUUAAAUAUUGGCUUUCGAAAGCCUUGAAAGACAAACGUACAUGCUAAAACAAACAAACAAAACUUGGGUAUUUUCUCAUUUUGAAUGAAGAAAAUGAGAUUGACCUUACUCGAGCGUGUUUUCUGUAAAUUCAAACGAAAAAAUUCAAAAACCAACAUCACUCUUCUUACAAUGUAUAUACUAGACUGAUAUCUGCCUCUAAAGUAAUGCAGAAAUUAGACCUCGUUACUUUUUUCCGGAAGCGAUAUAUUUUUGCUUGGUCGAAACAACGGAAAUUUAAACCUUAAGCAUUAAUUUUGCAGACAAUAACUGCAAGACAAAUUGACUAUGGCCGUUUCAAUGCUUUCUAUUUUCUCUGAUGUUAUUGUGUCCUAAAAAAUAGAUCAAGUUUAUUCACUAAAUAAACUGAAAGACAGGAACGUUUUUGUUUCGGCGAUGAAGUGGCAAAAAAAAUCCUUGCAAGUGGUCACCCUCGUGGAAAAAGUUGUGGAACUUAGCACUCUUGUAUAUCAUUUACAUUUUACCAUGCCCACACUUUGUGUCAUACCUGUAUCAAGUUUCGUUAUUACUUUUAAUUUUGUCUCUCAAAGAAUCAAUACAAUCGUGUCCUAGUAGAUCACUGAACACUGAUGUAAAAUGCAAAUGUAAAGUGACUAGAAAUCUUUGCAUAUCCUGAAAAAUCAUUGUCAUGUCACCCCAGGCAUUGUUUAUCUAUAAAUAUUACUUCAUCUAAAUAAAUAGCCAUUUUUGUUUCUCACCGCUAUAUUGUUAAAUACUGUAAACAAUAUAUUUUUAUGACAUUCCACAAAAAAAUUGUGACCACACAUUUGCAAAUUGCUAACUAACGUUGUAAGUUAGUCAAGCUUGAAAACUGAUUUAAGGCCCUGUCCACACUAAGCCGGAGAAAUUCGAAAAACCAGUUUUAUUAUUA